AUGGUCUGUUUGCUGACUCUCGCGGCUUUUCUCAGACGAAAGGAGGGUGUUCAGUUUGACAAGAUCACUGCACGCAUCAGCAAGCUGUGUUACGGUCUCGACAAUGAACAUGUAGACCCCAUAGGCAUCGCCCAGAAGGUGAUCAUGGGUGUGUACAACGGUGUCACAACAGUUGAACUAGACAACCUAGCCGCGGAGACGGCAGCAUACCUCACCACUAAACAUCCCGACUACGCGAUCCUUGCCGCGCGCAUCGCUGUUUCCAAUCUACACAAGGAGACUAAGAAGAGCUUCUCCGCUGUCAUUAAAGAUUUGUAUACAUAUGUCAACCCCAAGAAUGGUCGCCCAGCUAGCAUGAUCUCAGACGAGACGUACAACGUUGUUAUGGCCAACGCCGAGCAACUCGACUCUGCAAUUAUUUAUGAUCGCGACUUCAGUUAUAACUAUUUCGGCUUCAAGACUCUUGAGCGGUCAUACCUCCUCAAGAUCGACGGUCGCGUGGCUGAGCGCCCGCAACACAUGCUUAUGCGUGUUGCUGUCGGCAUCCAUGGAUCUGAAAUUAACAAAGCCAUUAAAACGUAUCUCCUUAUGUCUGAGAGGUACUUCACGCACGCAUCACCGACGUUAUUCAAUGCUGGCACGCCUCAUCCUCAGCUCAGUUCUUGCUUCUUGGUAUGCAUGAAGGAUGACUCGAUCGAGGGUAUCUACGACACGCUCAAGAACUGCGCAAUGAUCAGCAAGACUGCGGGCGGCAUCGGCCUCAACAUCCACAACAUUCGUGCCACAGGGUCGUACAUUGCGGGCACCAACGGGUACUCUAAUGGCAUUGUACCGAUGCUCCGUGCGUACGACGCGACGGCUCGUUAUGUCGACCAGGGCGGCAACAAGCGCCCUGGUGCCUUUGCUAUCUACAUCGAGCCGUGGCACGCAGAUGUCUUCGAGUUCAUUGACCUCAGGAAGAAUCAUGGUAAGGAGGAAGUCCGUGCGCGCGACCUCUUCUACGCCCUUUGGAUCCCCGACCUCUUCAUGAAACGUGUUGAGUCAGGUGGACAAUGGUCACUGUUCUGUCCUAACGAAGCACCGGGCCUGCACGAGGUAUGGGGCGAAGAGUUCGAGAAACUGUACGAACAAUAUGAACGAGAAGGACGUGCCCGGAAGACCAUCGAGGCACAGAAACUAUGGUAUGCGAUCAUGGAUGCUCAGAUUGAGACCGGGGGGCCUUUCAUGCUCUAUAAGGAUGCUGCCAACGCCAAGUCGAACCAGAAGAAUCUGGGUACCAUCAAGUCUUCUAACCUCUGCACGGAGAUUAUCGAGUAUUCAUCACCCGAAGAGACUGCCGUCUGUAACCUGGCUUCUAUCGCACUGCCCUCCUUCAUCAAGAAUGGCCGCUACGAUUUCAAGUAUCUGCACGAGAUUGCGAAGGUUGUCGCCUUCAACUUGAACCGUAUCAUUGACGUGAACUACUACCCAAUCCCGGAGGCACGGCUCUCGAACAUGCGCCACCGUCCGAUCGGCGUGGGCGUUCAGGGCCUCGCGGACACGUUCAUGGCUCUGCGCAUGCCGUUCGACUCGCCCGAGGCGCGCCUGCUCAACAAGCAGAUCUUCGAAACUAUCUACCACGCGGCACUCGAAGCGAGCAGCGAGCAGGGGGAGAAGGACGGACCCUACGAGACAUAUAAGGGCAGCCCGGCGUCGCAAGGCGAGCUGCAGUACGACAUGUGGGGUGUAACGCCCACUGAUCUGUGGGACUGGGCUGAGCUGAAAGCAAAGAUUGCGCGUACGGGCUUGAGGAACUCGCUCCUGGUUGCUCCUAUGCCGACUGCGUCCACGAGUCAGAUCCUCGGCUUCAAUGAGUGCUUCGAGCCAUAUACCAGUAACAUUUAUACCCGCCGUGUGCUCGCUGGGGAGUUCCAAGUUGUGUGCCCCUGGCUACUACGCGAGCUUGUCGACCGUAAACUAUGGGAUGACCAGAUGAAAAACAUGAUCAUCGCGCACAACGGCUCCGUGCAAAACAUUCCUUCGAUUCCGGAUGACAUCAAGGCGAUCUACAAGACCGUCUGGGAGAUCAGCCAGAAGAAGGUGCUCGAUCUCGCCGCGGAUCGGGGCGCGUUCAUCUGCCAGAGCCAGAGUUUGAACGUGCACCUGCAGUCGCCGACAUCGGGCCAGCUCACGAGCAUGCACUUUUACGGAUGGAAGAAGGGCCUCAAGACGGGCAUGUACUACCUCCGCACGCGCCCCGCCGCGCAGGCUAUCCAAUUUACUGUCGACCAGAGCGUCCUUGAGGACGCGAAAAGGCAGCAGGUCGCGGGCAUGCAGGCCGGCAAGCUCGAUGCGGCUAAGGCGGCGCAUGCUGUGCCCGCUCCCAACCCCAUCAGCACUGCCACGUCCUUGGAUGGGUUCAGCCCCGUCGCUCACUCAAGCACACCCUCGCCUUCAGAUGAGGUACGCUCGCUCCCUGAGCAGUCUGGCUCGCUGUCGCUCGAUGACCAAACGAAGAAGGCGGCAGAGCAGGAUCCCGAAUUCGCCGCAGCGCUCCUGCGUCAGCGUGACCGGGAGGUCGAGCAGGCGAAGUUGAUGUGCUCUCUGGAGAACAAGGAAGCCUGCGUAAUGUGCUCAGGCUGA